AUGUGGCUCUGCACUAGCUUGUGCAUUCUGGUCGUGAUUCCCAAGAUGACCUUCCUCACUGCGCUUGUCAUCGGUUCUUGCGUCACUUGCACCGAUCCAAUUUUAUCGCAGGCCGUUGCUAAAGGUCCUUUCUCUGACAAGUUCGUUCCACGAGCGCUUCGCGAGAUUAUUUCCUCCGAAGCUGGUGCCAAUGAUGGCUUUGGCUUUCCUUUUCUGCUAUUGGCUACAUACCUGAUUCGCCAUGCCGAUCUUGCUGGCGUUAGGUUCAAGGAAGGUGUAUCGGCGGCCGUAGAGGGUGCUCCGCAUCUCCUCAAGCGUAGUGGGGAAGCAGGCAUUGGGCGUCUUGGAGGCGGACUACCAAAAGCCAUGGAACAAUGGGUUGUCGAAGGUUGGCUCUAUAUCAUUGCCAUGGCUGUCGCCAUUGGUGUCAUUAUCGGAGUGGGCAGCCUAUUUGCCAUCAAGUUUGGUUUGCGACGGAAGUGGAUUGAUUCAGAAAGCUUGCUGCUCUGGCCCACUGCCGUUGGACUCUUCACAAUCGGCGUGUGUGGCGCGCUCGGUACAGACGACCUCCUGGCCUGCUUUGUUGCAGGGAACGUUAUCAACUGGAACGGCCUGUACCUUGAGGAAACCGAGAAGCGACAUGACGAAGUCAACAGCUGUGUGGAUGUCCUGUUGAACUUUGGCGGCUUCAUGUACAUCGGUACAAUAUUUCCUUGGCGUGAAUUUCACAUGCCGGAUGUCACCGGUAUCACAAUUGGUCGACUGUUCAUUCUCGGCUUCCUAAUUGUCCUGUUCCGUCGUAUACCAGCCAUCUUUUUGACAUAUAAGCUGAUGCCGCGCUGUGUCAAGGGUUGGAAGGAGGCGCUCUUUAUGGGAUAUUUUGGCCCAAUUGGCAUCGGUGCUGUCUUCUACGUCGAGCAUACCCGUCACCUUUUCCCCAAGGCUGGUGAAGCUAUGACCGAAGAAGAAGACCAUUUGACCCAAGCUAUGGGACCUGUCGUUUAUUGGCUCGUACUCUUCUCCAUCAUAUGGCACGGUCUCUCGAUUCCCGCCCUAGACGCUUUCUACCGGUACAAGGGCGUCCAACCCAUCAUCGAAGAAGAACCAGCUGAAAUCCACGUCUUAUCCGAAAACGAUGCUCUCCCGGCCAACGCCUACGGCAAUCCAAAGCGCAAGUCUGUCAUCGUGCACAACCGCUUUUCGCGACCAUUUUCUACUGGUCCAGGGCCUGAGCUGUAUAGGUGGCACUCGGAUGAGAGUGUAGCGACACUCACAACGCAUGCCCAAUCUCCCGGAGUCGAGCACAAAAUUUAA